AUGUAUCUGUAUGAGAAUCAAUUUGCCGAGCUGAUCUUCUUAGAUUAUCAGAAUAAUAUGGCCGAACAACUACCACGACUUAUCAUUUUUGGAGACCAAGAUGCGGACACUCUUUCAUUCAUCAAAGGCAUGGUACUACAAUCACGAAAUCUGCCAUACGCCUCCCGCUUUCUUCGAGACUGCGCAGAUGAAGUGCAGGCCCUUCUGUCAGGGCUUGGCGCUGAAGAGAGGCGCCGAUACUCGCGAUUCGAGGAUAUACUAGAGCUGGUGGUUAUCCAUGCCGAACUGGCUGAAAAAAAGUCUCUCUAG